ACCUGUGUCGCGCGUCCUCAGUCGCACACCAGCCGCGUCGCGCGACGCCCGCCUCGCACCGCCCGAGAUUAUGACACGAGUUUGUGUAACGUGAACAUGGAAGGCAAAGAGUUCGGCGCCGUGCCCGGCCUGCCCGCCGGCUUGGACUACUUCAUGAUGCCGCGCGCCUCCGCGCCCGCGCCGCACUUCGACUUCCGCAAGCUCGGCGCCAGCUUCCAGCGCGAGGAGGAGCGCGACGAGCGGCGCUCGCCCGACGGCUUCCCGGAGCGCCGCGACGCGCCCUGGCCGCUCGGCCUCGGCGUGCAGUUCGUCAACCCCGCCACCGGCAAGAAGAGAGUUCAGUGCAAUGUGUGUUUAAAGACUUUCUGCGACAAGGGAGCCCUGAAGAUCCACUUCUCGGCGGUGCACCUGCGCGAGAUGCACAAGUGCACGGUGGAGGGCUGCACCAUGAUGUUCAGCUCGCGGCGCUCGCGGAACCGGCACAGCGCCAACCCCAACCCCAAGCUGCACUCGCCGCACGUGCGCCGCAAGAUCUCCGCGCACGACGGCCGCUCGUCGCAGCCCUUCCCGCUGCUGCCGGCGCUGGCCCGCCUGCCGCCCGCGCUGCUGCCCGACCUGGCCGCGCGCCUGCCGCUCGCCGCGCCGCCCGCCGCCCCGCUGCCGCCGCGCGUGCCUCUCGACGACCUCAGAAACUUUAGUGAAAUCGAGAAAAUGUACAGAAAGCUCCCUCAGAUGGACGACCUGUCCCGUGGGGCGCUUGAUCUCGCUAAGCCUUCCGCGUCCCACGAGGAUGAUUCCAAUAACUAUAGUGAAAAUAAUGAUUACGUAGGAAGUGAUUCUGAGGACGAGCAAGUUAAAGAAACAACUCGCGAAAGAAGCUCAUCUCCCGCGAUGGACAGAUUAAAAUACGACGACGAACCGCAGGACCUCAGUGUUAACAAAAAGAGAGAAAAUUCUGAAGAUAUCAAACCCUCUGUAACGGAGACUGAAGUAACUAGAAACAACGAACCCACCGCCUCCGACGACAAGUCUUCCCUCAUACCGAACAAAAGAAAGAGGAAGAGUGGCAACCCCACGCGGUGCUCGCAAAACAACGAAUAUAACGUAUCAGACGAGGAGUUUCAAGGAGAUUUAUUUAGAAAUAUAUCAACACUCGGUUCCAAGACUGAAGAGGAGCCGUUAUCUUUAAAAAAGCCCAAAUCUGAGACGUGGGAGACAUUUCGGAACGGGGACGAUGUUUCCGCGGAUGCAGAAUCAGUGACUAAAGUAAAGGGUGAGAGUGAGUCGGACGACGAGUCGAGCGCGCCGAGCGUGGUCCGCGAGGGGCUGCGGCUGCGGUCGGACCUGUACACGCCCAGCGACAGCGGCAGCGAGCGCCCGCGCCCGCGCUCCGCCGCCAGCCCCGACCCCGACCCCGACAUCCCCAUCGACCAGGACAACCCCGACCGCUGCACCGCCUGCGGCAGGAUCUUCCAGAACCACUUCACCCUGCGCAUGCACUACCGGAACGACCACCUGAAGCUGCUGCACGGGUGCGACGUGAGCGGCUGCGACGCCGCCUUCCCCUCCCGGCGCAGCCGCGACCGCCACAGCUCCAACGUGGACCUGCACCGCCGCCUGCUGUCCACCGGCUCCCCGGACGCGCAGCAGCGACCCGCGUUUGAAGUCAACGCGGAACUGCUAAACAAGCUGUACUCCGACAUCAAAGGGUUGGCGUCGACGCUCGAAAGUCUGCGCUAUGGAGGCAACGAGGACGCCCAGCUGCCGAACUACGUGACGGAGACGAUGAAGUUCUACAGCCGCAACCUGAGCGCGCUGCAGGCGGGCGUGUUCCCGCAGCUCGGCGAGCGAGGGUUUUUCCCGCCCCCUUUUCUGAUGGGUAACGGGGUGCCGCAGCCGGGGGGGCCGUACGCGGCGGGGGCGGGGGGCGCGCGCGACGCGCUGUCGCCGCUGUCGGCGUCGUCGCCGCCGGUGCUGUCGCCGGGGCGGCUGGACGCGGCGCGCGCGCGGCCCCGGGACGAGCCUGCUCACUACCGGGACAGCUCGGAGUACAAGAAGAUGACGUCGCUGUGCGAGCGCCAGGAGCUGUACCAGCACCACGUGCCGGUGUCGUGACGCCCCGCGCGCCCCGCGUGGUGAGCCCGCCCCCGCCGCCCCGCGCUCGGCAUCCCCAGCGCUCCCAGCGCAGCCACCCCAGCGCUCACUCUUGUAUUAUAACUGUUAAUAAUUAUUAUGUUAAUUCUAUUUUGUAUUUCGUUUUGUAUUUUCUUGUGAUAUUUAGACAAAUAUAUCGUAAUUAUUGAACCCACGAACUUUAAGUUAUAGGGAUAGUACGCAUAGUUGUUCCGAUCCAACUGUUGUGUUGGCGUUAUUUUAAGCGAAGUGCAAUACAGACUCGGAUGUAUAAAUAUUAAUGAAGCAAUGUACGACGUAUGAUAUCGUGUAGACUAUUUGUAAUCGGUGUUGAAAGUAAACGUUAUAAUGAUACAAUGAUCAGCUUCAUUUCUUGUUCUGGCAAUAAACUCACUGAAUAAAAUUUA